CUCCCAACUGCGUGUGCAUUUCACUUCACGGUUAUCCCACUGACUGAUACGCUGACAAUGGCUGACUUGGAAUCUCUUUCGUUGCUUUUGGAGCAAUCGCUGAAUCCUCAGACUUCUAAGCAAGCAGAGCAGCAGCUUAGAGCCCAGGAAGAUACCCAAGGCUUCGCCUUGACACUUCUCCAUGUCGUUGCCUCGACGAACCUGAACAUCUCUACUAGGCUUGCUGGUGCUCUGUUCUUCAAGAACUUCAUCAAGCGCAAAUGGGUUGAUGAAGACGGUCGCUACCUCAACUCUGAUGUUGAGCUCAUCAAGCAUGAGAUCAUCCCGCUGAUGAUAACUUUACCUAAUAACUUGCAAGUACAGAUCGGAGAAGCUGUUUCUAUCAUCGCCGACUCUGACUUCCCAGAGCGCUGGCCAACGUUGAUUGAUGACUUGGUUGCCAAGUUGAGUGAGGAUGAUAUGGUUACAAACAAGGGUGUGCUCACUGUGGCCCACUCCAUCUUCAAGAGAUGGAGACCGUUGUUUAGAUCCGACGCUCUGUUCUUGGAGAUCAAAUUGGUGCUGGACAAGUUCUGUACUCCAUUCCUCGCUUUGUUGCACCGUGUGGACUCCUCAAUCGACGCUAGCAGUGACAACAAGGCUCAACUGCAGAUUCUGUUUGACGUCUUACUUCUCUUGAUUAAGAUCUACUACGAUUUGAACUGUCAGGAUAUUCCAGAGUUCUUCGAAGACAACAUGAAUGAUGGAAUGGGAAUCAUUCAUAAAUAUCUCGUCUAUGAUAAUCCUCUGUUGAGAGAUGAUGAUGAGGACUCAGAUGCUGAUAUUUUGGCAAAGACUAAGACCUCAAUUUCAGAGUUGAUUCAGCUAUACACCACAAGAUAUGGUGACGUCUUUGAUCCAAUGAUCCCACAGUUCAUUCAAAGUGUCUGGAAUUUGCUUACUGCUACUAGCUUGCAACCAAAAUAUGAUAUCAUGGUUUCUAAGUUGUUAUCUUUCUUGACAUGUGUUGCAAGAUUACCAACACACUCUGAGAUCUUCAACAACGAGACCGCAAUGAAGGAAGUCACGGAGAGAAUCAUUAUUCCAAAUUUAACCGUUAGAGAAUCUGAUGAAGAGUUGUUUGAAGAUGAUCCUAUUGAAUACAUCAGACGUGAUUUGGAAGGCUCAGACUCCGAUACUAGAAGAAGAGGUGCCAUCGACUUCCUUAGGGAGUUAAAGGCCAAAAAUGAUUCAUUGGUCACACAAGUUGUGUUUCAAUAUAUCACUCAUUAUUUGCAAGAAUACCACAAAUUUCCGCAACAAUGGAAGUAUAAGGAUUUGGCUAUUUACCUCUUUACUGCAUUGGCUACUAAGAGCUCUUCGUCUACAAACAUCCUAUUGGAUGUUGUUCAAUUCUUCACACAGAACAUCGUUUCUGACUUGAUUAACGAUGACAUCCAUACCAUCUUAAAGGUCGACGCUAUCAAGUAUAUCUAUACUUUCAGAAACCAAUUGACAAAGCAACAACUUCUUGAGUCCUUCCCAAUUUUGAACAAGCAUUUGAAGGCUUCAGAUUUCGUUGAAUAUACCUAUGCUUCUAUCACCAUUGAGAGGAUAUUGUCCCUAAGAGGGGCCGAUAAAAAGCCAAUGUUCAACAAAGAGGAUAUUCAAGGUAUUGUUCAGGAGUUAUUGACCAAUCUCUUCCAAUUGAUCUUGAAGAACACGUCAACCCCUGAGAAAUUAGCCGAAAAUGAGUUUUUGAUGAAAACACUAAUGAGAGUUUUGCUCAUUGCAGAAGGCUCGGUUUCCUCAAUUGCUGUGGAACUACUGAAGAACUUGUUGUCCAUUGUUUCAAUCAUUGCGAAGAACCCAUCCAACCCAAGAUUUUCUCAUUACACUUUCGAAUCCAUUGCCAUCUUGAUCAAGUACAACCACAACGGUAACUGGAAUACACUAAUGAACAUUAUUGUUCCAUCGUUCCUCGAGUUGCUUGGUGCAGACGUCCAGGAGUUCGUCCCAUACGUUUUCCAAAUCCUGGCCUUCUUGUUGGAAGUUUCUCCUGAAUCUGAACCAUUGCCAGACACAUAUAAGCAACUAAUCCAACCUUUGCUGUCUCCAAGCGUCUGGGAGUUCAAGGGUAAUAUUCCAGCAGUUACGAGAUUGCUACAGGCUAUCUUGGUGAAGGACUAUGCUGCCUUCGCUGACCUCAUGGCUUUACUCGGUGUCUUCCAGAAGUUAAUCUCUUCUAAACUCAACGAGUACUACGGAUUUGAUCUCUUGGAAACCAUCCUAUUGAAGGUCCCGGAUGACAGACUUCAACCAUACGUCUCUAACAUUGGUGUGCUGCUCUUGCAAAGAUUACAAAACUCUAGAACGGAGAAAUAUGUCAAACGUCUUGUCUGUUUUGUUUCUAAGCUUACGAUGAUCAAAUCCACUGACUACAGUAUUCUCUUUUUUGAGCAAGUUCAAAGCGGUAUUUUUGGGGUCAUUUUUGAGCAAUUCCUCUUGCCAUCUAUUGCCAACAUUGGAAACUUGAACGAUAAGAAAACCGUCAUCAUUGGCUUAACACAUCUGAUCCAAUCGCCAAAGUUCAUUAGCGGCGAGUUUCAGAAAUUGCUGACCCCAACUGUCGAAGUGCUGUUGCAACUGACCACUUCCGAGUCCAUCAAGUCCUUGAACGCAGAUGUCGAUGAGCUUGCUGGACUGGAGAUGGAAGAGAUCUCUUCCUUUGGCUCCAGUUUCUCUAAAUUGAACAGUAUUCCAGUCAAAUCCUUGGAUCCCUCAAAGAUGACCCUCGCUGAAAGUAGGACCUACUUGGUGGGACAAUUGAAACAACUUGAUCAACAAAGCAACGGCAUGUUCAUCAACCAGGUCAAAUCUCAACUGAAUGAAGACGGUCUCAAAAACUUGGCCAUCCUGGGCUUCUAAAAUCGGUAUCUACAUCCUAAUAUGAAACUCGUAUGGAAUUAUCCUCA